AUGAAACAGUCGCUCUUCAAGAAGCUUGGACAACCGCUACAGCGUGACAUGGUCAUGCUCAAGGGCAUUGGCAAUGUCUCCGCAGGAAGCUCACUAGGUGUGAGCACAAUUGAGCUUCGUUCGCUGUGUACGACCGCAUCAAUGCAUGUCAGCAUGCAUAUUCUACCAACACUGACGAUAGAUCUUCCAUCGUUCGUGAUCGCUGAUCCGAAAUGGCCGCAUCUGGAGAGUCUCCAACUAGCUGACCCGCAUUAUCUACAGCCACGACCUGUAGAUAUUAUUCUAGGUGCAUCACCAGCCGCACAGAUCAUGAACACAGAGAUUCAACGAGGACCUCGCAAUGCUCCUAUAGCACAAUCCACCACGCUUGGUUGGAUUGUCUAUGGAGCUGUCACCGCUAAACACGCUUCAACAUCACACACAGCACUACAUGCGUCAGUAGAUACAGAAUUACAAGACGCUAUCGCUAAGUUUUGGGAACAGGAAGAGGUUCCAUCAGGUAAUUCACCGCUCAACACCGCUGAAGAAGACGAAUGUGAAAUUCACUUCCGUCAAACGCAUUAUCGACAGCCUGAUGGACGCUACGUAGUGAGAUUACCGCUUAAAGCCCCCGAGAGUCAACUUGGCGACUCUAUCAACGCAGCCAUGGGGUCACUCCGCAGAUUAAUAACUCGCUUGUCGCGAGAAAGAGAAUAUUCUGACAUGUAUCGUGCAUUCAUGGCAGAAUACAUUCAACUAGGACACAUGGUACGAGUACCAGUCAACGAAUUGCCCGCAAACGCUUACUUCUUGCCUCACCAUGGGGUAUUGAAGCUUGAUAGUGCCACUACGAAGCUCCGCACAGUGUUCAAUGGUUCCUGUGCAACAUCUACAGGAAUUUCAUUGAACGACAUUCUCCACGCAGGACCCAAAACGCAAAUUGACAUUUUUGAUGUGAUGUUGAGAAUCCGCUGCAGCAGGAUUCUAUUCGCUACUGACAUCACCAAGAUGUUCAGACCGAUUGAGGUCGACUCGCUUGAUUGGCCGCUUCAGUGCAUUCUCUGGAUAGAUGAGAAUGAGUUAAUAGACGCUUACUGUCUCAAGACAGUCACAUACAGAACCACUAGUGCACUUUUUGACGCAGUACGUGUGCUUAUCCAACUAGUAAAGGAUGAAGGACACCGCUUUCCGCUAGCUGUUGCUCCAAUGUUGAAAACACGCUACGUAGAUGACAUCUACGGUGGAGCAGACAACGAAGAAGACGCUAUCAAGGCUGCAGUACAAACAAAAGCUCUGUGUGCAGCAGGCUGCUUCCCGCUUGCCAAAUGGGCUAGCAAUAGUCCACGGUUACUCGCUGAAGUCGCUCCAGAAAAGCAGCUGGAUACACCGCUUAAAGAAAUCAGUGAUGCACCAGUAAAAGUCCUGGGCAUGUACUGGAAUUCAUGCACUGACGCUUUCCAGUUCAAGUACACGCUACCGCCAGAGACGCCCAAGACACAAAGAGCUAUUUUGUCUGAAAUCGCUAAACUGUAUGACCCGCUAGGACUUCUCGCACCAAUAGUCGUCAAAGCCAAGAUCUUUAUGCAAGAUCUGUGGCUAGAUAGAGUGUCAUGGGAUGAACAAUUGUCACCAUCACUCAUUCACAAGUGGACUGAAAGAUUCUUCAUCGCUGAAAGAUUUACAACCUGCUCGGCUCUCGCACUGGGAACAAGUCCAGCAAAUGGUUCAACAUUUCUGGAAACGCUACUACCAGGACUGCAUCCACCGCUACCAGGCCAUUUCAAAGUGGCAUCAUCGACGCAACCAGAUCAAGGUGGGUUCAGUUGUACUGAUCACCACUGA